UGUGUAAUUUGGUCAAGCAUAUUGAUGAAAAAAUUGUGCAAAAAUCUGUUUUGUUUGAUUAAUUAUGCGACAAACAAUAGAGGCAAGUUUGGUCUACCUAGGAUCGAUAUUCGGCGAUGAAUUAAGCCGCGUUCUGUGAUGCUAGUCGCGUUCAGUUCGGGUGCGCCAGGGACGUAGAGUGCGGCCCAAUACUAUUCUAUUAUUAAUGCGGAUAGAACAUGUCGCAUUGUGACAGCUAUUGAUAUAAUAACGGAGCAAUCGUGGUGAAGCUUAUCUCAUCAAAUAGAAGGAGAAAAAGAAAAUCUUUAUAUUUCAAAUAACAAGUGAACAUAAAAAAAUGGCACAAAAAGAACAAAUCAAGCUAUCUGACGAACAAGUUGCAGAAUUCAGGGAAGCUUUCAACUUGUUUGACAAGGAUGGGGACGGAAGUAUAACAACGACAGAGCUGGGUACAGUUAUGCGCAGUCUCGGACAAAAUCCCACCGAAAGCGAGCUCCAGGAUAUGAUCAACGAAGUGGACUACGACGAAAGCGGAACGAUCGAUUUUGACGAAUUUCUUCAAAUGAUGGCUCGUAAGAUGAGAGAUACAGACACUACAGAAGAAUUAAAGGAAGCCUUCAAAGUGUUCGAUAAGGACGGUAAUGGAUUCAUAAGCGCUUCCGAAUUACGUCACGUGAUGAAGAGUCUCGGAGAACGACUCACAGACGAAGAAGUUGAUGAAAUGAUCAAAGAAGCGGAUCUAGAUGGUGAUGGUCAGGUCAACUACGAAGAGUUUGUUAAAAUGAUGGCAUCUGGGAAGAAAGACUCUUAGAAAUCAACAAACAGGAAAUUGAGUGAAUGCUAAGAGAAAUGAAUUUUAUCAAUCUGCUAACGAAAUUCAGAUCAUUGUUGAAAAUGGACGCCUGACUGAAAAUCACAUACCGGUGUUCAACACUGUUGAACUACAUGAUCGAAUCAAUACUUGUGCGAGUGAAUGAAAUUUACGUAUCAUAUUUUUCAAGUUUGUUGAUAAAAAUAAUGCUCAAAACUGCUGGUUUGGUGAAGAUAAUCCUAGUUAGACUAUUUUAUACCGUGUGAACACAUUUCUAUUGUCUUAUCACAGUUCAAUUUUUAUGGAUUUUAUUUCAUAUACUGAGUAUACAUUUAAUGUUUAUGGAUCCCAAAGCACAAAGUAAUUAAUUUUUCAUAGAGAAGAAAAGAAUUAUAAAAGCAUAUUGCGUUUUAUUAUUUUUUUAUUCAUUUUAUUAUUUUUAAUUUUUUUAUUUCAAGAAUUUUAUGUAUUGUGUUCCAGGCAUUUCACUUGUCAAUUUCAAAACGAUUUGUAGCAUUUAUUAUCUUGGUCAUAGGCACUUUUAUUAUGUCCCUAUAUUGACUUCAUAUUACAUGUGUACUUCUUCAAAUCGAAUUUUUUUAAAAUCUUGAAUAAUCACUGUUUUGUGUAAAAAAAAAAAUGAAUAAAG